AAGCUCAAGCUGUCCUCCCACCUCGACCUCCCGAAGUGCUGGGAUUUUGGCUGUGAGACACCACACCCAGCUUAUAUGGCUGUUUUCUCCCACAAAGUAUUCAGAGAUCUUCUGGAGUUCAUCUGUUAAUCACAGUUAAAGGAAGGGACCAUUUCGGAAAACUCCUAUUUUGGACGCGGAGUGGUGAUACUUUGAUCUAGUUGUCUCAUCCAAUGCUGAAACAGAUCCUAUAUAAAGAAGUUUAAAAUGAUCUGCUGCUUUCUCUCCUUUGAAAACACUAAGAAUAAUGUCACUGCAUCAGUUUUUACUAGAGCCAAUCACCUGUCAUGCCUGGAACAGGGAUCGUACUCAGAUUGCCCUCAGUCCCAAUAAUCACGAAGUGCACAUCUAUAAGAAGAACGGGAGCCAGUGGGUGAAAGCUCAUGAACUCAAGGAGCACAACGGACACAUCACAGGUAUUGACUGGGCUCCCAAGAGCGACCGCAUUGUCACUUGUGGGGCAGACCGCAAUGCCUAUGUCUGGAGUCAGAAAGAUGGUGUUUGGAAGCCAACCCUGGUGAUCCUGAGAAUUAAUCGCGCAGCUACUUUUGUGAAGUGGUCCCCGCUAGAGAACAAAUUUGCUGUGGGAAGUGGAGCACGACUCAUUUCUGUUUGUUACUUUGAGUCUGAAAAUGACUGGUGGGUGAGCAAGCACAUUAAAAAGCCGAUUCGCUCCACAGUCCUCAGCUUGGAUUGGCAUCCCAACAACGUUUUGCUGGCAGCAGGAUCAUGUGACUUCAAAUGCAGAGUGUUUUCUGCCUACAUUAAAGAAGUGGAUGAAAAGCCAGCCAGCACGCCCUGGGGCAGCAAGAUGCCUUUUGGGCAGCUGAUGUCAGAGUUUGGUGGCAGUGGCACUGGUGGCUGGGUCCACGGGGUCAGCUUCUCUGCCAGUGGGAGCCGCCUGGCCUGGGUCAGCCACGACAGCACCGUGUCUGUUGCUGAUGCCUCAAAAAGUGUGCAGGUCUCGACUCUGAAGACAGAGUUCCUGCCGCUCCUGAGUGUGUCAUUUGUCUCAGAGAACAGCGUCGUGGCUGCUGGCCAUGACUGCUGCCCAAUGCUCUUUAACUACGAUGACCGCGGCUGCCUGACCUUCGUCUCCAAGUUAGACAUUCCAAAACAGAGCAUCCAACGCAACAUGUCUGCCAUGGAACGCUUCCGCAACAUGGACAAGAGAGCCACAACUGAGGACCGCAACACGGCCUUGGAGACGCUGCACCAGAAUAGCAUCACUCAAGUCUCUAUUUAUGAGGUGGACAAGCAAGAUUGUCGCAAAUUUUGCACUACUGGCAUCGAUGGAGCCAUGACAAUUUGGGAUUUCAAGACCCUCGAGUCUUCCAUCCAGGGCCUCCGGAUAAUGUGAAGCUGAGUGAGCCUCCACCAUCCAGCAUGACUGUGGCCGACCGCAGCUGUGCCGUGGCACGAUGGCGAGGAAGCCAGCCCCAAGGAAACACUGAAAACACAUAUCAUGCCAAUGCCAUGUGGUUUUGUUUGAAUAUAAAAUUGGUGAAAGUGUUGGUUUUUUUAAGGCAGUAAUUUUUUUUGUUUUUUUUUUUGCGAUUUCAUUCCAUUCUUGACCAAAGCUUCUCUUUAAGUAGUUUAUUAUGGAAAAUUGUCACACUAACUUAAAAGACAGGGUGAGGGAGAUAUGUAAAUUGUCCACUAGAAAAUUAAAUAAAAGAACUGAAUGUGG